UUUUUUCCCUUCUCCUCCCAAACUUUUCCUACCUUCACCGAAAGUCAUGACAAGCUUCAGUGUGGCUGGACGGAGAGGAGCAAGAAGGUAAGGCACGACCGAAAAGAUCGAUUACUGCCAUUAUCAUCAACUAUCAUUUGACUUAUCGAUUAGUUGAUAACUGCACGAGUGACCGACUCCGUAAACGAACAACAGUGCGAGUAUCUCAGAUAAAAAGUGUCACGGAGUUUUAUGGUGUGUAAUCUGGUGCAGAAAAGACCUGUAAAACUGUAAAGGUUUUGCAGCUGAAUAUUUGCAUUUUCCCAAUUUCCCCAUUGAAUUAAAACCUCACAAACUUUUUUACUCGAGCUAACAUCCUGUAACUUUUUAAUAAGUUAAACUAUUAGGAAGUUACAGAAAGUUUUCAGAUUAUUAUUUUAUUGUUAUCUCAGUUCAGAGAUUCAGACAGACUGUGCCACUGUAAUUGUCGGAACAGGGUUGUCUUGUCAUUGAUUUCUAGCUGGUCCAUGACUGAGCUGAUAACUUAUCUAUCCUAUCUUUUCAGAGUGUUAAGAAAAAACAACAACUUGCACUUUACACAUUGUCCUUAGGAUGAUAUUUAAAUGUUUUUACCAUAAUACUCAAAGCCUUGGUAUUAAAAUUGAUCUUUCACUUUAACCAAUAUUGUUUUUGUUCUUUAUUAAUCUGCUCAGUAUUAUUGAAUCAGAUGCUAUCAUUCUAACACAUUUUGACAAAGUAUUGUUCCCAGCUUGUUCUUGUUCAUAAAGUUAGUCAUAAACUAGAUGAUCAAGAAAUGCCGGGCUGCCUCUCUGGAUGGAAAUCCCCCCCAUAUCCUCUACAAUUGUCAGAAGUGUUGAACCCCACCUCCCCACCUCAGGCUGCUCUCUUGUCUGUUAUUAUGCCAUGCACCAUCUCAUACUUUUCAGUCUGCUGUGCUGGAUGAUCAGAUGUUGAGUCAGUCCCAGAGAGACUGACCUCAGCAGAUGUGUCCACGCUGUUCAUAUUUUGCUUGCAAACUUUUGCCAAAGUUUAAAAUGCAGAUAAUUCUAGAGGCUGCUGUUUGGUGUAUUGACAUAGGUGAUCAGAUUCAAUACAUACACAAAUAUAAAAGCAGCAAUAAUUCAUGAGAGGGAAUCUACUAAGGGGUGCACUGAUCACAAUUUUUUGGCCAAUCACUGAUCUUUAAAACGCUUGGCAUGCCAAUUUUGGCUGAUACCGUUUUUUUUUUUCUUUUUAUAACUGACAACAUACACCUUCGAUGCUCCAAUCUUAUUUUAAUGAAAAACAUUGAACAAUACUUGUAAAAAAAAACCAACAACCUUUUUGUGUUUUUUUUUUAACUGCACGUAAAAUAAUAAUCUGCAGGACAAACUAACAACACAACUUAAACCACCAACAAACUGUCCUUAGUUUUAGGUUUCCUUGUAGUUGGUUCAUCAUGCUUCGUUGGUCAUGCUCCGGAUGACUGUAGUGAUAAGAUCGGUGUGUAAAAUUGGUUUCAUAUGUAAGGAUCAGCUGAUCAACCAUCCCCCAAAAUUUAGGAAAUCAGCGUCGAUUGAUCGUGCAUGUUUAGAAUCUACAGCAAAAUAGGGGUUGUGGCAUUGGAUUCUGAAAAAUGCAGGAUGCUGUCAUUUUAACUGUAUGUUUUUAACUGUCAAAUAGAGGCUUUACCCUAGUGUUGUUUUCAAGGCGUAGGAAAAUACACAUUCUUUCCUCACCGAUUACCUUAGAACCGUCCCGUGUCCAGAGCAAGCUGAAGUGAUGUGCAGAGAUGUAAAUUAAAUAAGUGUUAAUCUCUUGACGAGUAUCUGAGGCUCUCUCAGGGGAAACUGUCUUCUUGCAACAGGAGCCUGAGUUUUGACUUACUGCUGUCGCCUCAAAAUAGAUUCUCUGUAAGUUUAGGAAGAAGUGUCUGGGAGUCAGUUACCACUCUUGUACCUGUCCUUAAAUGUUUGCUUAUACACACACAUUCUGUUCCUGAUCCAAGUGUUCUGGUCUAGCCACAGGACAGAAAGGAUGAUUUAUUGGGUUAAAUCUGAGUUCAGUCUGUACCGAGACAUGAGUGCUGCAGCUUGAUAUAUACAUGCCAUUGUAUUUUUAGCUCCAUUACGAGAGGUCUAAACUUUUUAUAGAGCUCCAAGGCUGUCACAAACUCGGUGACAUGAUGCGGAGAGACAUGAGAAAGUUUUUGGCCUAGUGUGAGACUGAAAGUCAACUACAGUCAGACAAAAUGGGCGCGUUGGGUCCAAACAAUGUGUGUUCACAUCCAAAAUUAUCAACCACUUGCUCUGCGUUACAAACCUGUGGCGUCUCAUUUGGAACCAAACAAUACCGGAGCUUCUGCUGUCUACGAGUUCAGCAUGUCUGUUUCAUUAAAUUUAAGGGGAACGUCAGGUUACAGCAAUAAGUUACAACAAAAGCGCAGUGUUUAGUUCUGGAGCUGCAUGGGACACGUAUCUGUUUCCUGAGUGAAGGUUUUGUGUUGCUUGGCACACAAACUUUUGUUUCUGCAGUUUGCUCAUCAGUUAUGUUCAGUUGGAGGUAUUGCUGUAAAACACAACAGGGAUGAGAAACACGAGAUACAAGUAAUAUAGCAAGUUUGCAGUCAAAAAAACCUUUAAAUUACAGUUUUAAACCUCCACUUUGAGCUUAUUUGACAUUUUGCUUGCUAAAAAAUCGAGUCCAUGAAUAGUUUGUGUUGCCUUUGCAUUGGAUUUCAACAUUGUCAGCACUUAAUGUAUGUCUCCUCAAGGAAACACACCCUGGUGGGUUUACAGAAACUGGCGAGGAGGUCUUCUGCAGAUUUGACUUUGCACUAGAGCUGUUGCAAUAUCAACAUGUUGUUUUCAUCUCAUGAGUAUUAUAGCCAAGAAAAUUCACAAUACCUACGUUACUGCAGGAAUUAUGGAAGAUGUAAAGUCAGCUAACUGUAUCAUUCAAAGUGCCAUGUGUACGAACUACCAUUUUGCUAAUUUCAUGAAGAAAGAAAAGUCGAUUUUGAAAGUUCCAGUCUCGGGGCAGCCAUCUUGGUUGUUUAUGGAAACAACUUGACAGCUCUUAAGGGUUGUGAUUGGCUCCCCCGCUGUGAGUUUUGGAUGGGAAUGUGUCUGAGCAGAAGGGUAAGGGCAUGCCAGAGUAAAUACAACAUGAACUUAGAGGUAAAAUGGUUCAGUACUGUGAAAAUACUGUAUUCUUGACAUGAGGUAAUUUACUGGGGGUGUGCUUGCAUUGAUUUGAUGGGACGACAAUGACGAUUUGCUUUUAUCUUGAGUCUUGUUCCUUUAUAUGAGUGCUUUUUGGUUUUGUUACAGUUAGAGUUCAGUGCCAGAGUUGCUUGGUUCUGGUCAGUGAGGGGGCUGCAUAAGUUCAUCUAAUCUGAAUCAGUUAAGGUUGGAUUCAUUAACAGAAAGUCAAUAAACUGAUACCCAUUCAUUUCAGUACUCCCAACCAAAAUUCCAGGACAAAUUUCCAAAGUUUGAACAUGCUCGUUCUCUGCUUUAUGAGAGUCAGUGUGGUAUGUUUCCUCUUUUUUACAUUCAAGGUCUUUUUUUUUUUUCCUGAAGCAGCAAUUAGUUUUAAGUGUGAGGGCUGUGUGGAACCUGAUAGCAGGAAGCUUUUAUCAUAAUUAACAGGCAUCCAGGCUUUGAAAAUGGAAAUUGCCACUUUGAGCUUCAUGCCAGAUUCUCUAAUUGGAGAGGCUUUUCAGGAGAGGCUCUUCAGAAGCUCAGAGUUUUUUUUUUUAAAGAGAGGCAGCUGCCUGUUUUCUACAACAGGUCCUUUUUCGACAGAAUAAAACAUAAGGUUGUUUAUUUUCUUUUGUCUUUUGUACUACUAUAGUAAAACAAAGGCUCCAGAGUCUGUUGUGUACAGUCUACUUCCUGCUCUGCUCAAACAAAGUAUAAUUAACGGGAAUCAGUCAAAUGCUUCAAGUUAAACAAAAGCAGCUGUGGGGUGAGCAUUGUUUUAGAAUCAAGAGAAAAAGCAUCAAACUUGUAACAGUGGGAUUUAGAGGAACUUUUAUAUUUUUGAGAAAUCAAAAAGUUUUCUAUUGCUUAAAGUUAAUUUUCAUUUUAACUUGAGUAACUCAUGGCAACAGUUCGGCUGUAGUUCACCUCAGGUUGAGUUUGACUUUUGUAAUUUCCAACCACAUGGUUCAAGGCAUCUCGAGAUGUUAUAUUUAUGAUUUUGCAGGAAUCUAAUUUGAUAACUUGAAAUGAAGUUGUUUUGUUGUCUGCUGUCCUUCGUUUUUGCAUUAGAAUAAAUUGAAUCAGCUGUAUUUUUUUACUAAUUCUAUUAUUUUGUGGGGAUAACAGACUUGGACAGCCUCUAAAAAGAAACAUGACGUCACUCUGGAUCUGAGCAAAAUAUAAAUAACUUGAACAAAUAAUGAAUUGGAUCAUAUCAAAUAAACAGGCUUUCAUCGUCCAGUUUGAGGAUCUCGUGGUUUUAUUAAAUGUCAACAGAUUACAGGAUAAAAAGGGUAAGAUGUGAUAAAAGAAACACAGAUUCAGAUUUUUGUAGACAAAUCUCAGCGAUAAGGCGAGACUCUCGAUUUACCGGUCGAUCUACGUGCCGAUCCUCACGUAUGGCCAUGAACUUUGGGUAAUGACCGAAAGAACAAGUUCGCAGAUACAAGCGACUGUAAUGGGUUUCCUUCGCAGGGUGGCCGGGCUCAGCCUCAAUAUUUUAAAAAUUUAUCUAGCCUUUAUUUAACCAGGUUAGUCCCAUUGAGAUUACAAAUCUCUUUUACAAAAAGCGACCUGGCCAAGAAGGCAGCAGCUUAGUACCUACAACAGAUAAAAUUUACAACAUCUCAACAUUAAAACAAUCUUACAUAAAACAUUUACACACAGACAAGGUAGACUGUAAUGAUUUCAGUAUAAUUUUAAAUUCACUUAGUGUCACAAGAGACACCAAAUAAUAAUAAAGAUCUCAAAUAUGUUUAGUUAGAUUUUUUAGAUCUUUAGAAGGCAAAAUAAUUUACAGAACAUGGAAACAAUUUCAGCUUUGAGUUCAUGCAUCAUUGGUGCAGUUUAGAAAAUUUUGAAGUGUAGGGUGUUUGUGCGAAUCAGUGAAUGAGAUUUAUAAAAAAUAUAGCUUACUUAUUUUGAUCAAACAUAAUUAAGUGUCAUCCAGGUCUUCACCUGUGAUCCAGUCAAAAUCUACUUCCCCUGCUAUCUCUACAGACUGAGAAACCCUGAAACAAAGAUACCCACAUUAACAGGAGAAGACACACAGAUCUAACUUUGGACAUCAGGAUGGGAGAACACCAAACUAACCAAACACUGGUGCAAUUUUGGGUUUUAUUUACGUUGGUCACAUUUAAGAGUUAGCUACACAUGACCUUAAAAAGCCUUGUUGGCAGUCAAGUGACCUGCUGGUUUCAAGUCAGACUGGACCAAAAAGGUCAGAUCUUACUGUGCCUGAAUUGACCGCUUCUCUUGGGAAAACCAAACCGCAGCUUUUUUCAGAAACACUUGUCUGCAUGUCACUGUGAUGCCACAAACCUCCUGAACCCAAUUUCAUACUUUUUGGCUCAAACAAUGGAAGGAGGAGCGAGUUCAUGGCCGGAUUGAAACUUUCUUUAAAGUUAUCCACAUUGUGUUCCUUACAAAUGCUGGCAAAGUGAGUGUGAGGCCUUGAACUCCUAUUUUAUACUGGUUCCUUGAACCCAUCGCCGUACAGAGAUCACCUCUGUUCACCGGCUUAUAAUGGAAUGAAAUGUUGUGUUUAGCACUCAGGUGUUGGUGGAAAAGCGCUCCUCCUCUAUGAGCUCAUGAGAAGAGGCUCAAUGAGGCUUCAACUCUGCCACGUUGAGCUCCAACUCAUGGUGGAGAAUUUCUUUUAUAUUCCUCUUUGAUCCUUCUCCCAUUUCGAAUCGUCAUCUUUGACAGGUUUAGUUUAAUCUCCUGUCUAAUGUUACAUAUAAUCUGUAGAUCUGAGAGACACAAGACUAUUAACUUUAGUCUGCUUUGCUAUGCGUAUGUUUCUGCAGUUUGUUCUUCUCUUUAAAAGUCAUUAAAAUAAUAAAAAAAGGAGUACAAAUAUUACCGUUGCAAAACAAACUAAAAGGACAGAAAAAGAAAGAGGAAAACUGCAAAAGGUCAAACAUAAUGAAGUCUCCUGUGCAAUUUGGGCCGAAUAACUUAGCAUGUUGUCUCAGAUGUGAGCCAUCGAUUUGUUCAGUGGAGUUUCGUAACGUCUGGCAGACAUCAAGGCAAGCUGCCGCUCUGCGACUCAGAGAGAUCAAAUCUGACGACAAACUGAAUCAGAGCAUGAUGGAAAACUGAAUUAGAGCCCACAGACAUGUACUUUCCACAGAGGCAGAUACAGGGAUGAAGGUGUGCUGAAGAAGCUUUGGGAUACAUUUCAAAGUGUUUCAAAGACCCACGCGCACCCAGCGCCUUGUCAUUACCCCGACUCCCUCCAUCAGAGGGGUGCUGAACUGGUAUAAUUUCCCCCGCUGAAGGAAAUAAUAUGAUAGUAGACACAUAUUUCAGUUGUUUCUGGAGCUAACAUCUGGUCUCGUACUGUAGUUAUACGAAUCAAACAUCUGGAGACUACAGUUGCUACUGUGUGAAAGAGACAAAUGGGUCAGUCUCAGAAAUCUGUGGACCAGAUAUGUAGGUCAGCUAAAAAAGACGUUUUAAGAUGCAGUCAGCUGGUUUAUUGGAGUUUUUUGUUUGGCAACAAAACACAAAUGAACUGAGGUGAUCAGAGAAAAUGAAAGAAAAACACAUUUGUACAAUGAAGGUGGAAAAUACACAAAAAGAGAAACAGUAUGGUGCUGUUUGAGCCGAACAUGUUUUUUUUUUUUUUUAUUAAAGCAGCUUCUACAAAGACUCAGUUUGUUAUGUUGGGAAAACAGGCCUGGAGAGUUUGUAGGGAACAAGGUGUGUUUGGUCUGAAGUGCAUCGUGACGUCAGAGCUGGAAACUGGCUAAUUGGGGGAAAACUCGAUUUGUAAGCCCUGCUUUGUUUCAGGGAGGGGCGGACUGUCAUCAGGCUGGAGUCUGCCUCAGACUCAGCUGACUGGAUGCUGCAGCUGCAGGGUUACCAACUUUGGGCUGCAGACAGAUGCUCCCAGCAUUGUUUACCAAAAGAAACUUACUGUAUACUGUUGCUAAUCCAAGAGUUCCUACGUGCCCAGUCAGGUUUUUGUGGUUGCUCAUGUUUAAAUGAAAAACCACGAUGCAGUUCUUACUUCCUAAGGUAAAGGAGUUGAUACUUUUACAGUUUUGAGGGAUUUUUGAAGCACAUCUGCAAACUUAAUGUCUUGUUAAGUGUGACUUUAUGAGCUGUUGAGCAGCGUUAUAGAUGAAAGUUUAAUGUUUGAAAAUGCAAUUAUGGUUUCAGACUUCUGAAUCAUCGACCACAUCUUGGUUUUGCUUGUCUGUUGUUCUCCUCACAGCUGUUUCAGCAACUUCAGCCAUAAUCCCAACAACCCCUAAAAAAGCAUGGUUUGUUUUGAGUGUCGUUUUUAGCCGAUCAGAACUAGUGCUCUGAAAAGAUUUGGGCUGAAAUGAUAUAUCACUACUUAGCAAAAUAACUUUCCAAACAGGAAAUUGGUUAACAAGCAUGCUAUGUCAGACAGGAGGAAUAUAAUUAAAAUGUUUUUAGUCUGUUUGUAUUAUCUGGCUAAAAGACAACAGCUCAAACGGGAGGCAAGGCAACAUUUUCAUUUCAUUUCAUUUUAUUAUUAUUUUCGAGUGUGCGUAAACAUAACCAGUGAGAAUAUUCAAAACAACAAUAACAAUAAUCAAAGCAAAAAAGUAAAAAUAAAAUAAAUAAAUAAAAUCAUAAUAAUAAUAAUAAUAAUGAUAAUUAUAAGAUUUUUUUACCCUACCCCUUCUCCUUUAACAAAAAAUACAACAUAAAUAGAAUAAAUAAGUAUAUUAAUAAUUUGACAAUACUUCCUCCCUGUACCUGGUGAGAACCAUGUUUCUGUACCGCUUUUUAAACCUGGUCAUGCUUGGACAUUGCUCGAGCUCCACACUUCAUCUGUUCCACAACCGUACUCCACGAACAGAAACACAAAAACUUUUUUGGGCCAUAAAACAAGUUUUCCAAAUCUCAGAGUAAGGAGAUCUGACAGGAAAAGGUUUGUGUCCUCUUCUACCCUUCAUGAGAAACUUAAACUCCCUUUAACAUGAACUGUAGACAUGCCCUAUAGCAUCCUGGGACAUUUAGGACCUGAUAUUUUACUGUAUCUCUACACAUGUAGCUGACCAAGACGGUGUCAGAAAACCUUCAUUAGUGUGAAAAGAGGCUUCAUUAAAGGGGCCUUAAAGGAGUUAGCUGCUUCUCAGCAUCCUCAGUCACAUUGUGAGGCUUCCAGACUCAAAAAGUGUCAGGCUUCCCUAGUGACUCUAUUAGAUUCACUCGGUGACAUUUUGAACCUAGAAAUGGUCAGAAAAAGGCAGUAGGGACAGAGGGGGUCGUGUGGAGAAAACAACGAGGCCUCAGAAAACUUUUUGAACACAGUGUGGCCACAUUAGAGGCAUAGAGCCUCAUUGUGGAGGCUGAAUGUGCUUGAUUGUGUUUGCUGAGAAUCUGGAAGGAAAAAGGAGGGGGAGGCAGGACGCUUGUGAAGUUCUGAGUCAACCUGACUGUGAUAAAAGGUGGGAUUUUUCCUUUUAAAGCAGGACACACAAGAAGUUAUUGUGACAUUGGUGUGUGAUUUAUUUUGAAGAUGUGUGAGACGGGAAAUGGUGUUUGGUGGCUGAAUCCUGCACAUAGAGGUGGUGGGGUGUUACUGCGUGAGGGCUUCAGCACACACAAACACUUAAAACACUUGGGCAAGAGCUGAUAACAUGUUAUCUAACCUCAGUGUGAUGCAUCAUGUGAUGUUGGCUCCAGUGCUGUUUUUGGCUGCAGGAUGCUCCGGAGUGUGUGUUAGCGUGUGUGUCCAUGUCACAUUGCCUCUAUUUGUUCAGCUCUCAGCCUCUGCUUGUCUUCUCUGCUAUGUUUUCCUGCUCCCUUCAGGAAGCAGCUUUCAGGACGGCCUGUUGGGUUUCCUGGCAGGACCCCUCUCCUCCCCCCAGUUCCUACUGGGAGACAAUAGGAGGUCUCGAACGGGGGCAUGAAGAGGUUGUGAGUGUGUGUGUGUGUGUGUGUGUGUGUGUGUGUGUGUGUGUGUGUGUGUGUGUGUGUGUGUGUGUGUGUGUGUACUGAUGAGGGAGAUUUACUGGGGGAGUAGUGGGCUUCCCUUCAGGAAACUGCAGAUUUAUCCCUGCAGCAGAGAGGCCCUCCUGUGUGUGAGUGCUUGUAUUUCUAUUUGUCCUAAAUGUCCUCACAAGGAUUAAGACAUGAAAGAAAUGUCCCAGAUACCCAGACUUGACUACGAGUUCAAGAUCUGAAGCUAGGUUAAAUGUUGUUGAGAGUAAAAGUGUUUAAAUGUUGAUACUUUUAUUGAGAUAUGUUUUUUUUUUUUUUUUGUCAGGAAGCGAGAGUAAAGUUUAGACUUGAAGUUUGUCCUUAUGAAGAGCACUCAAAAUACGAUCUCACCUUAAAAAACAUGUUUUUUAGACAAAUUACCCUUUUGUUAAUGAGACUGACUCAGAAAUUGAGUUUUUUUUGUCUCCUCAUGGUAUUUUACUUGUCUAUAUGGUAAUACUAUUAUUGGUAUUAUGGGCAACCUAAUUCUUGCUAUGGUUAAGUAACUGAAUGAAGGACUGAAGGUCCUUACACACCGGGAACGACGCAAAUAUACGUGAAAUUACGAAAUAUUCAGAGGCGAAUUUUGACGUUCCUGACUAUACAUAUCAAGCGUGAUGCGAUUUUGCGACUUACCAGGGGGAAGAAAAGUCGCGUCCUAGGUGGAAGCGAGAAGACUGACUCAACACCAGACUGACUGUUUUCAGUUCUGAUUAGACUCUAGUGUUGAGAUGUCUGUCUGUCUGUCAUGAUAGCAUGUACUGAGUCGGGGCCAGUACCAGAUAAGCACAUUAAACUAUAAUCCAUAAAAACGUAAGGUAACAACAGAGACCUAAUGGUGCUGUGACAGCAACGCUGUGAUUGAGUUUGAGACAGUGAAAAUACAUAUGGUAUGUUGUAUCUGAACAGGUUAGCUUACAAGCUAAAGUUACUUAACACAGAUGAAAGUUAAAACAAAGACGUUUAGCAAACCGUUAAAGCACACGAACCAUCAUCAUAUGUGAAAUCCAACGCUAUGACUCUCCACAAGUUGUCCUUCAGGUCAUUAUCUUUGUAAUAUUUGUGAUUUUUAUCAAAAACACUCUGUUCUCCGACACGUAAACAAUCAGCCGGUCGGCCAUGUUGGAUAUACCACUGAAUCUGCCAUCGCAACAACACGAAAUCUGAUCGGUCAGAAGUGGACACACAGAAUGCGAAACUUAAGAAAAAUCGACUGUGAUCCGGAAAAAUAAAUGCCGCAAUAUUGCAGGACGGGAAAACGUUGCUGAUGUGAACGCUUGUAUUGACAGGAUAAGGGUUUGAAAAAAAGUAUUGACGACCAAAAUAAUUGCACGACAAAUACGCUCCCAGUAUGUAAGGGCCUUGAGAAUUAAGAGUAAAUUUAAGAUAAAAAAAUGGAUUCGCUUUCAAAGAAUGCUCAACAAAAAGAUGUCAUCAAAAUAGAUUUUCCUUUUGUAAGGUUUAAAGUAUUAAUUUGACAAUAAUUUUAAGUAGUUGAAAUGUGGAAAUCUUGCAAAACCUGCUUUAAUUAGUAUUCAAAUGAUUGAAUCCACAAUUAAACGUGUGGCAUGUAAACUUUCCUCAGAUUGACAUUUGUGAGUAAUUAAAAAAGUGAAGCUGGAUUACGCUUAUGACUAUGUAAUGGAGGGUUAUUGACUUUGGGGAGGUCUGUCUGAUGUCCUUUUAGUUUUUGGAAAACUAACAAAAAUUAGUUUGAGGAUAUGAUUUGGAUUUCUGAAAAUGAAGACCAGAGGACCUCCUUACAAUGUGAGCACUUCUGGAGUGCAUGACAGCAUGCCUGGCAGUCAUAUGGGGGUGUAUGUCUGCGUUUUUUUAUGCAUGUGCAGUUUUCUGAAUGGGGUUUUUCUCAUGUAAAGCAGAUGGAGAGUAAAAGUUGCUGUCAGUGAGAGGAUGUUGGCUUUCACUCCCUCCCCUCCUCAACUGUCAGAUUGUGUCUCUCUCUCUCUCUCUCUCUCUCUCUCCGGUUUUCUUCCUGGGAAAUGGGUGGCGGUGGGGAUGAGGUCACUGUUUCACAACAUGGCCCUGAGCCGCGAACCAGCACAACAUUUCCUCUUCCAUAAAGUGGCUGAAAGCAGGAAAAUCUAACGUCUGUUUUCAUCAACAACUCGGGUCCGCGCAUUACUUCUCCAUUCAUGACGUAUUCCUUCUGAACUAGAGGAAAAACUGUGUAGAGACAAAUGGACCUGUACUUUCUAUUUGGGAGAAACUUUUUCAGGCCCUAAAAUAAAACUCCUUAUUUUUAUAGAAAUAAACGUGUGGUUUCUUCUUGUGGUUAUUAGUUGGGCCUAAUAAAUGUUAAAUGAAAAAGAAAACAAAAAGUGUUAAAAUUGCAAAGUGAUCUCAUUUGGUUUGUGGCUCAGACCGUUUGAAGUCUGAUCUGCUCAUUACUGAAGCAGUUUCACUCAAUAAAUUGGUGAGUCCUUUAAUCCCAGUCUAUAACAUUUUGGGAUUGUCUAUUAAAACACAAAACUACACUCACCAAAUUCACUGUUGAAAUCUGAGAUAAAAUAACGGAUAAUACCUCGACAGGUUGGUUUUUUGAGUGUACCAGCUCUUGGCAGAUAGACCCAAUAGUUAAUUUUGGACACUGAAAGCUUCAUUUUGUUUUCCGUAGUUCUUUCCAGGAAACUUUGUGCACAUUUGGAGGCAGAAAUAUAAACUGGACUUACCGUUUCUCCAAAGACAAUUGAAAAAGAGCUUUCUUGGAUCAUAAUGAAUAAACUAAAAUGUUAACUCUUGUGAAAUAUGUUUUGAUCAAAGAAAACUGCAGGAAGAUUUUCUGUGCUUUGUUUAACAAAGUUCUGGAUUUAUUUCGUGUUUUUAGUUGCCAAUCGUGCCGGCAGAGGUUUGUUUUAUGACUGCUCUCGCUGCAGAGAGCUGGUAAUGUGAAGAAAUGCAACUGCAGUGCUGGGUGUGACCUGCUGGUUCAUGAUUGCAGAGUCGCAUCAAAACUGAUUCAGGAAUGUCACGUAAUUUGUAGCCAUAGAAACACAGACAUCUCAAGCUAAUAUUUAGUCAGUCUGAAGAACAAUGAUGUUUAUGUUUACACAAUAGAACCGCUCAAAGCCUUUACUAAAUUAAGGCGGUAAGCCCACAAUGUGUUCACUCAGUCAUAGCAGUGAACAUUGUGUUUUUCUGGCUGCAGGAUCAUGAGACUGUGUAUCUGCUUGUGCACUUGAGUGUGGAUUUUGUACGUGAGAGAUUGUGUAAAACAAAACAAACAAAAACAAAAAACAGAUACAUCGGUGUGUUGGUGUGGACAAAAGUUGUGAAGUUUGAUUUGUUUCUGUCGCUGUGUGUGCACUCAUGUUUCUGCAUGUAUGGGCAUUUUUUUGGUAAUUUUGCAUGUGGCUUUUGUGAGUGUCAUUAUGAGCACUGGCACUUGGUGUUGGUGGUGUGUGGUGUGUGUGUGUGUGUGUGUUUCAGAGAGACUUGACAGCGUGGCUCUCAGCUGGUCAGGGGUGUAGAGGGAAGGAAUGCAGCUUCUCUGUAAUUUGCUGUCUGUCAUCAAUUCAGAGGAAAAAAAAAACAAAAACACCAGAGGAGAGGAGCCGGGGGAAGUGUGUUUAUGUGUUAGUUUGUGUGUUUCUGUGCGAGAGGGUGAGAAAGAAAGAUAGAAGAGACUGUGAGAGAAAAUCAGAGUCAUCUGAGAAGAAGAGGGGAGUGAUGAAGAGUCAGACAACGUGAGAGAGGGAGGUGUGAGAGAGUGGAGGAAAUGAAAGAAUAAAUAUGUGAAAUUGUUCAUUGGAAGAAGAACUACACAAAGAAAGGGAAGGAAUAAAAACAAAAGAAUAAUUAUUGAAUAAGUUAUGAGCAGCAGCCAUCUUUGUAGUGUCAAAAAGUUCCAGAAUCAAUACAAAACAUUGAUAAUGGCAGGGUGACACAAGUUUUUGAGACUGCCUCAUGAAAAAUUCCUAUAUUUUUUAUACUAAUAUUCACACUACAGGCUGGUUGGUAGAGAAAGAACAGCCAUUUUAAUAACGGUGUCAAUCGUUCAUAUAAAGCUCCUGUGAGGAACUUUCUGUUUGUGACAGUUUUGGCGCCACCUGUGGACAAAAAGGGACUUUACUAGUUCUGUCUGAGUAGUGUUUUCUGAUUUAAAAAAAGUGCCUUUCAAUGUGCAACACACUGAAUAUUUGCUUUGGAAAGGGCAGAAAAAGGCUGUUUCUGCAGAGUGCUGUAAAUGGUCUCAUCUUACACAAACCCUAGUUACGCAAAAUUCCUCACAGUGGCUUUAAAGAACACCGUUUAAACUUAGAUGCACAAAGACACAAAUAUAAACGUAAAAAGUCCCAGCAUCCCACUGCUGAUAUCUUAUAUAUAUAUAUAACUCUAUAUCUGCCUAAGUAAGAACUGUGAUCAUUGCAUGCACUUUGUACUCUGUAUUCUUUAUAAUGUUGAAUUUGGCUUUGCUAUCAAAAUCUGAAUAACGUGGAGCAAGUGAGUAAGAGCCUGCAUAGAGUGACAAAAAUAUGACGCCAUGUGUUUUUCUACUGGGCGUCUGUUGUUGAUGAUGCCUUCAUGCCAUUUGCAAAAGUGCCUCAGAAGUGAACGAGUCUUCUUUGUAAAGGCACUACUCUGUCAUACCUCACAGAAGGAGAGUUAGGUUUGAUUUAUUUGUUCCUUUGCAAAAUUGAAAACAAUCAUGUAAAAAAUAAAGUGACCUGCCUGUCUCUGGUUUGGGUCAAAGCAAAGCUUCUAGACGAGGUCAUAGUUUAACUUGACUGAAUAGAAGACGGCUCCAUUUACAUUGUGAUAUGACAAGAGAAGAAACUGACUGAGACAGUGACGGGAAACAGAGCCGAGGCUGAUAAGGAGACACGAAGCAGAACUUUACUAUCAGUGAGAGAGGAUUUGUAUGUGCGCUUUGCUGUGGUUACUUUAACUAAUCCAUUGUGUUUAAAAGCCUGUUAUUUAAUCUUCACUAAUUGAUCCUUUGUCAGGUUGACUUCUGUGGUUUUAACUUUGAUAAUAAAAUAUCUGCGGGCUGAGCUGACAGCUGAUACAUGUACGUGUGUGUCUGUCUGUGUGGUUAUAGGUUAUCAGUAGUCAGUCAGCUAAGAGGACGACCGGCAUGUUACAACAGCAUGUGUUAGGAAUGUGCCAGAGGCUGCUGGAAAACACAUCUGUGUGUGUGUUCGUGCUGACACAGGAGUGUGUGUGUUUGUGUUUGAAACAUAAUUGAAAGGCCACAUGAUAUACAAAUUACUUUUUUUGAGACUUAGAUUUGUUUCAUACUUCAAAGUCGAUGUAUUUUCUCUGUCUGAUAGGGAAAGAGGUUGCAAUGAAAUUACUUGCACAUCCCAAACUAAGUGGCUUCAUGCAACCCACAAAGAAGUAACCACUGUUAUUUUCUGGGUAAACCACACACCUGUGAUCAUGAAGUUUGUAGCCGUGCAGGUGGAUACACAUACAUACCUUGACACAGUGCUGCCUGAACUGGCUCAUCUUGACUCCCUCUCUGCCAUAUCGAUAGAGAAUCUUCUCCAGUCAGAUUUCUCUGUCCAAGGAAAUACUUAAAAAAUAUACCAAGAAAUGUAAGACCCAUCACUGAACUGUGGUGCUGUGACUUGGAAAAUACAUGCCCUGUAAUGCUUCAUUGACUGUUAAGACCAAUCUCAUGGUCUGUGUCUCUUUUGGUCUCUCAGGGCUGUGUGGAGCAGGGAGGUGGGAACCAGCCUGACUGCAGCUGCAUGAAUUGCUCACCAAGCAGCAGAAAGAGGUAAACUUUUCUUCCAACACAGCAGUAACUUUUAGAGAGAAGUUGCUCAAGUUAGGAGUGAAGUUUUCUUGUUUUAUGCAUAAAUGAUACACAGUUGUUUGAUCGGUAGUUUCCCAUUUGUUCUUAGGAAACCUCCUUAACUUGUAUUUUCUUUUUCCUGUAUUUGACUGUGUAUUUGUUAUGUAAAGCACUUUGUCCAUCUCUUCGGGUGUUGUAAGGUGCUAUAUAUAAAUGUUGUUAUUAUUAUUAUUAUUAUUAACUAAAACUUUUACUGAAACAGAAGUAUUUGUAUUUCCUGUCCUGUCUGGCACAAACAGAAGAAUUGAAUUGUAACUGGUAGUAGAAAGCUAUGGUAGAAGAAAUGAUGUCCUAUUUGUUGUUGUUUUUUUUAACUACAAAGUAUGACUGAUUGUGUCCAGUGUAAACGCUCAGAUUUAAGUCUCAUAUUCCCAGUGAAAUAGUUUGUUUUGCAGGUCUGUUUGUUCAGUGAUGAAGACAAUCCUGUGGUUUUUCAGGAGAGUUUGAAGGUGUUAUGCUGUCAGUAAUGUAGAAGCUGUCUGUGGUUUUUGGACAGAGUUUAGCUCUUUGUUGUUGACUUUGGUCGUGAGGUGUUUCCCCUGACUGCUACCUACACCACAUCCAUGAACGUUUCUACAAAAACACACCUAAAUUCAAAGGUUCAUUUGGACUUGGUGCUGGUUGACAGGAGAGUUUGAGUUCUACUAUGAAGUUUCCUUGACAGCUCAAACAACCACUUGAGAGGUUCAACACAGACAAAGACACAUUUUCUCUCAGGGGUAUGGAUGAUGUCAGACCAAUUGUCCUUCAACACCUCUUAGGGAAAAGCAAACAAAGGAUGUAUGGAACAAAACCUCCUUAUCUCUGAGCGAAAGGAAUUCAGUCACAGGCGCUCAGGUGCUAAUGAGCCAUAAGAAAACACAAGAAGAUCUUCAGGUCUUUCUUUACUUUGGAGUUAAUAUCAGGCCCCUACAAUGAAGUGUCUAUUAACGUGGGAGCCAGGAACCUCAUGGCUUGUUUUAGAUUUACUUUUGUCACGUUAGGCUGAUUCAUAACAGCUGAAAUGUGUUUUUUGGGAUGACCGACGUUUGAAGCGCGUGAUUUUGUUGCUUAUAUCAAAACGAACACUCAUCAAAAAAGUACAAACAAAGGUCAUGUGCCACAAACUACUGCACAGUUUUUAAAAAAUCACAUUCUUUCCUUCCUGCUGUUCUGCAACACUCAUAACAAAUGCAUUCAUGUUCCUGUGUGUUUCUUUGCCAGGUGUUGAUUUAAAGCCGUGCUCGUGCUGAAAGGUCCAAGACCUGAAAGAUGACUCAGUCAGUUCAAGUUAACCCAAAGCUGCCUGGUAAGACACUGCAGGAGUUUACCAUUGAUUUAUGUAUUUUGUUUCUCAAGACUGUGAAAGGGAUUAAAGCUUAAAAGUUUUCCAGUUGAACUCUUUCACUGUUUUUUUUUAGCAUAUCAUUAAUAGAAAAUAUUCAGUUUCAGCCUGCCAGAAGCAGAUUAGUGGUGGAUCCCAUGCUGAAGUUAUUCGGAUGAUAUAACAGUGCUGUUCUCCUCAGGACUGCAGGAAAUUAAACAAUUGUUGAGUAGCUGGUCUUUUUGUUGUUUGUGUAGCAAACAGAACAAGUCAGAUACUCCAAACUGCUCCAUUGUAUGAUGAGCCUAAAGGGGUUUGGGGAGUUUUUCAUUUCAAAAGGUUUUCCUGCUUUUUUUUUUUGUUCAGCAAAUGUCUUUGGACAAGAGGCUGGUAAACAAAAAUGUAAAUACUCCACUGAAAGCAAUAGAUCGAAAAUAUUCCAAAAAUAUGAGGUUCACUGGAAAAGAAUGACAAUUUAUUGGACGUAAACAGGACUUUUGUUUGUUAACAUAACACCCCAACAGGCUGUCUUUAUAAUGCACCCAUAUUAUUCAGUCACAUAUGUCUCUCCCUUCACAGAUCUGGGUUCUCCAUUUAUCUACACCAGUCAAGAGGAGACUGACCAGCCAGGCUCCUACUCCGUCCAGACUCCAUAUGGUUUCCAGCUGGAUCUGGACUUCCUCAAAUAUGUAGAGGAGAUAGAAAGUGGGCACAAUGUCCGUCGAGCACCUGUUAGCUCGCGCCGCUCAGGCAGAGGGGUCAAACUCUCCCAAAGGAGUCCAGGUGUUGGGGGACGCACCAGUGGGUGGACAUCCACAGAGUCUUUGUCGUCUCCUGCAAGCGAAGAUGGCAGAGCUCCUCCUCCGCCACCACCACGCAACCGCCUUGGGUCGGCACCAUGCGAAGGACUCUCUCUUUCUCCUGUGACCAUCCUCAGCGCUCCGCCCCUCUCUGCUGGAGCUAAAGUACCACCCCCUCCACCCCUGCGCAACCCCAGAGUGGAGCGAACCCUUCUGGAAACUAGCAGGCGGCUACAACAGGAGCAAACCCACCAGCACCAGAAUGGAGGGCGCAUUCAGCUAGCAGACCCUCCAAAACAGCUCUUACCAUCUCCUUCCGCUCAGCUUGUGCAGAGUAGCUUGACAAAACCCAGUCCUGCAACUUCUGGGCGAAGCACUCCAGCAGUGACUCCGAUUCCACCCAGCCAGCUGCAGACAGUUAGAGAGCAGAUGGCUACAGCUCUCAAACAGCUAAAAGAGAUGGAAGAGAGGGUAAAGGGGGUUCCUGCACUGGAGAAAGAGGUUGCAAAGCUUCGUGCAGAGAAAGACAUGCUCCUACUAGCCUUGCAGGAGAAAAAAGUAUCAACAGAGGCGACCAUGCUAAGGCAACCAUCUGCAGAGUCCUCAACUCAAACCACAGAGAGCCUUCAAAGUGAUCAGAGUGUCCACAGUCGAUUGACUGCACAAACCUCACCUGUUCAUAAAGGGCUCGGGAAAUCUGGUGAACUGAAAAGGCUGACUGAGAAAUUUGAGGGAAAGGAAGAGAAAGCCACAGAUCCUUCAUCAAAGGUUGCAGUAAAAGCUCCAGAAAAAGUGCCUCUCGUUGAGAAGAAAUCAGUGGCUGUUGGGGGCGAUAUUCCGAUGAACUGCGCUGUCUUCUAUUACAGCCAGGGUGUUAAAGACGCAUCUGAGGGCACCACCAUAACUUUGAGCGAGAAAGGAACAGAAACAGAGGCCCCUCUCGUGCACGAGGAGGGAACACAAGCGAAUGUGCAGACAGAAGAUGCAGAGGUUUGGGUAAUGGAGUCUCUACUUGGGCUGACUAAUGAGGCACAACGGGAGAUUGACACUUUACAGGACACUAUUAAAUUCCAGCAGGAGUCCAUCGUGGCUUUAGAGGACCGAUUAAGUGUAGCUGACAAAGAUCUGGGGAUCCUUAAAGCCAAGAUGGAGGAGAAAACUUCCAAAGUCACAUUUGAAAAAGGGGUUCUUGCGAAACCAGACACAACAAAUGCCCAGGUAGAGACAUUAACUCCUUUGUUACAGGAUGCUGCAAUUUUAUGCCAUCCUGAGGUGAGUGAUGCAUGUGUAGGUGACAACUUAACAGCAGAUCGGACCGAACAAACAACCCAGACUGAUGCUGUUGAGGAAGCUACAAAACCAGCACCUGUAGCAGUAGUCAGCACUGGGUGCCAGUGGGAGAACUUGCUCGAGGAAAAAGUGGAGGAGCAGAAAGCUGCGAUGUCAAAGAAGAGACAGCUGACCAUCGCUGAAUACAAGGUUUCGCCGGGAGAAGAGGUGGUCAGUACGGCUGAGAAGGAAGAAGAGCAAGAGCAGAACACAGCAGCCUCCACCACCAAGACGGGUGAGAAAUCAGGAUUCCUUACAUCAUUUGUUCACUUAAAACAGAGACUAUAAAAUCCUCAGCUCACAUUGUUUGUGCUCAAAACAAAUGGAUUAUUCUCAUCAAUUUUCCAAAACAGUUUUCCUGGCAAUUUCAGUUUUGAUUCAAGAGGCAUUUUAAGCAAUUCAAAGAUAAAGCAGAGUCCUCCAGAGACUAAUGACACCAUUUUGUUCGAGUCGAGUCGUGAGUGAGUUAAAUGUUUAAUUGGUGUGCCUCGUUUGAACCCCAGUUUGUUUCUGUCUCUGUUGGUAUGGUAACAGGUAUGCUGAAAUCAAUCAUGAAGAGGAAGGAUGGGAGUAACUCAGGCGAGACCCGCUCCGCUGGCAAGAAGAGUCUGCAGUUUGUUGGCAUUCUAAAUGGAGGGUAGGCUAACACAAAUCCUGACCCCAUUUUUCGUACCACGGUAAAAAUCGACUAUAAUCAACUCUUUGAUAUUGUUUAUGUGAACCAGUAACAAAAAAUAAUAAUAAUAGUGUCUUAUGGACAUGAUUUAAACCCAACAAGCUGCUCUGAAUUCCCACAAAUAUUUCUCUCUCCCAGAUAUGAAUCUACAUCAAGCGAGGAAGAAGAGGAGGAGGGGGAAGAAGAAGAGGAAGAAGAAGAGGAGGAGGAUGGGAGUUCCUCUGAGGAGAGUGGAGAGGGCGAGUGUCUGGACAGUACAGAAGAGGAUGAGGCAGCUCUGGAGGAAGAAACAUCUGAGGAGGAGAGAAAUGUCAACCUGGAUGAGAGUGACACCGACGAGGAAACCUUAAGAGCUGCGAAUUAUUCAUCCGAUUCUGUCAAAGAGAAGUAUGUGAUUAUGUACAAAACAAAUUACUGUAUAAAAACAGCUUUAGAACUCUGUAGCUCAAAGGAUUGGAAGUCUUGGUGUUUCAGCUUCAAUCUUUUUGUUGCAGGUUUGAGUUGAGCUCAAAAAUGCGUGAAGCCUGCCUCAUAAUGAAGAACCACCUCAAUGAUGACAUCCAAACGCUGAAGAGUAAAGAAGUGGUGCGUUCUUGAGUGAUGACUUUUAAUAUCAUCAGUUCAUUUUCAGUUUAUACUUGUCAAACUCAUUUUAAGUUUAUUGGAGCUGUGAGACUGUGUUUUAUAAUUCUGGCAAACAUUAAUUACAAACAACAGAGGCUUGUUGUAAGAGUAACAGGAGAGUCCAGGCUGAGACAGGCCUGAGUAGCAGCAGGAUCAUUAGGAGGCUGAAUUUCUAGUCGCUAUAAACUUGAGAGAAAUACUGUCUGAAUUUGCCAACACACAGAGUAAACAUGUUUGUAAAUCUUACCCUCAGCUCUCCAGUACCCACACUGUCCAGCUCGAGUGGUUUCGAAUCUCGAGCGCUAAAAUGGCUCAGCCGUCACGGGUCUCAGACUACCUGAUGGCGUUUUCUGAAGUGUCCUCAGUUCUGCUGGAGCACAUAGUCAACAUGACUGAUGGCAAUGGCAACACAGCUCUUCACUACAGUGUCUCCCACUCCAACUUCGGUGUUGUGGGGCUGCUGCUGGACACAGGUCAGUGAGAGUAAUUCCAACCAAACUACAGAGCUUUUUUACAGCACUACGGCUUUUGAUACAGGGCAUCAAGGAUAGUUUUUGUUUUAAAUUAACUGUAAAAGACUUUGUGUUACAUUCUUUGUAGGAAAAGUGCACGGUAAAGAAAGUUUGAUUGAUUGAUUGAUUGAUUGAUUGAUUGAUUGAUUGAUUUAACAGAACAGGCUAAGUGGAUAUGGGGUUAGGGUUAUUGGGUUAAGGUUAGAAUUACUGUCUAGGACCUAUUUAGGAGCAUUUUUCAGACCAUUUGGAGUCAGUCGGUACAAAAAAAAAUGAGGAAAAAUGUCUUUUUUUUAAUGUAUGCAAAUUAGUACAUAUUUAAUUCGAUAUUGCCUCAUUUACAUAUUUAUACAUAACAUUUGUUUAAACUUGUAAUACAAAAAAAUAUUUGUCUUUAUGUAAGUUAUAAACUUGGGAAGUUUCAUGGUGAUAUCUGUUAAAAUUUUUACCCUAUUCACCUGGGGUGUCUCCCCUGGGCCUCCUACCCAUCAUGGCCACCAUCUUGAAAAUGGCACCUUUCUAGUGGUCAAACUUUGGUUAACUUUUAGUAUGUUAUAAAGUACAUCUAACAUUAUAAUAAACAGCUGAGAAACCUUUAGUUGGAAUUUUUUGGGGUCAAGUCGUAUUUGCGCCUGACUAUCAGUUAGUUAAAGUGCUUUAACUUUAUUUUAGAAAAGCUGUUUUUCUAGUAGUGUUAAAAGUGUUUGAAAAAUAAGUCUGAAAAAGAAGUUUGGCUUGAAUUUAAGUUUUUUACCUUACUGUAUAAAGCAAUAACUGAUACUUAUAAAUAAAAUAUUUUAUUACACUUGGAGUGUAAGUGCCAUUUUGUCCACCUCUGUAUCAAUAAAGUGGAUUUUUUAAAAUGCUUCACUAAAACAUUUUCACAAAAAUUUAAUCUGAGAACCUUCAUAGUAGUAUAAGUGAUUGUAGUUAUGUUAAGUCUACUGUUUUUAAAAAAUAUAUAUGUUCCCUCCAGGUGUUUGCAGUGUGGAUAAGCAGAACAAGGCGGGCUACACAGCCAUCAUGUUGGCCGCUCUAUCUACUGUGAAGGAGGAGGACGACAUGGCUGUGGUCAAGAAGCUGUUCAGUCAGGGCAACGUUAACGCCAAAGCCAGCCAGGUAAGUCAUCACCGGUUUCUCCGUUUCUGAGGACAUAAUGUCUUCAGUGUUGGUCACUGGAGCUCUGCAGUUAACUCUGUUCCUACAGUAAUUUCACAGUAGUUGUUCCUGUUAUGUGCAUGUGAUAAGUGAGAACACGCUGGAUAUGUAAACAGUCUUUUAAAUCACUUUGGAAAUGUGAACAGCCAACAUAUAUUUAAAGCACAAAGAACACAAAGAGCUUCUGUAAAUGUGUUGAUAGCCUCAUCUGCUGGAAGCAUUUCAUCACUUUACCAACCCGAUCUUAGCUGGCUCAGCUGACUCUUCAAUUACUUCAGUUUGAUUUGGGCACAUUAGACUGUUAGUAUGAUAAAAGUGCACAACAAAACCAAACACAGGAACGACUCUUUGGACCAGAGCCUAAUUAAAAAAACUGAAAGAGAGGCGAAUGAGUCACUAAUUUCAUUUAUUGCUUAAAUUACACUGAGGAUGUCUCUUAAGAGCAUUACUUUGCUCAGUCUAUACUUGACUCUGCUCGUGCCUCUUUGUGGUGUGUGUGAGAAUGUGUGAGUAAAUGUGUUUUGCAAAUGUUUUUAUUUGAAAGAAAAAGUAAGUAAAACCUAAUUACAGAAACUCCCUUUUUAGUAAAUGUCUCAUUGAUUCCGUCGACGGGGUGAGGGUUGGGAAAAGCCACCUCCCUCUGUCCCUGCACAUUUGAACCGGCCUGGUGUAAAGAGCGUUUCCUGUGCUACAAAGAGAAACUGUAUCCAGAGCCAGAUGAGUAAUUGGUUAUAGGUUAGAUUGGGUUAAAGAAAUGUGCAUCAUGUGACACAUGAUAUUUGUGAGAAUCUUUUGACAUUUGAGUGGUUAUAUCGCUUUGCUUGAUCUAAUCAGGUUGUGUAGAAUGUGUUUGAAAACAGCAAGCGCCUGAUAAGCUCUCACACUGCCAAGUCAUAGGACUGCAAAUUCAUAGCAUCACCGGCUAUAAAUCCAAUUACUGCUGCUUGUUGUUGUUGCUGCGGGUAACAACACAAGGCAGUGCAAUUUUAGAGUCAGAAAUUGAAGUAAUUAUUUUCUGCUGCUGACAUUUGCUGAAGCAUUUUUUCUUGACUCCAGCUUUGAUUUCGUUUUAGUACUUGUUCUAUUUUGUAAUCAAAUUUGGAUUCAUGAGUAAAAUCAGUCAUUUUGAUUAUAUCCUUGGAAUUUUCUUUGGUGUGGUUUAAAAUUAGCCAUUUCCCAGAUAAUGUCUUGUUGAAAUGCAUAAUAAAGAGCACUUACACCGCUCUCAGAACAGUUUCAUUUAGUUCAUUUAACACAUCUUCACCUGGAACUAACAUACAACCUGAAUCACUGGGCUGGACAAAGGAAAAGCUAAAUACCAACACACAAAUCCAGAACUAUUUAUUAAUGCAUAGAUCUCCAUUCACACUAGAGAGUCUCAUACAAAGACAGACAGCUCUUUAAUUUUUUUUACUCCUUGUACUUUUGCUCCUGUGACUUAUUCAGGAAUAUUCUUCUGCAAACUUCUCUUCAUUUCCAUUUACUUUGAGUGCUAAAUAUUUGUUUCCACUUCACUUUUAUCAAGCUUUGUUGUCCUGUUGUGGCUCUAAUACUGUCUGAGUACAUUUAGGGUAAUGAAAAAAUCAUGUCAAAUUCCUAGGUUGUGUGAACAUAGUUGGCCAGGAAGGCUGAGGCUGAUAAAAAGUAGUGUGCCGUCUGGAGCAUGAGGCCUUAGCUUGUGGGUUUAGAUGCCUUUUUAAGUCUCUGUGGUUCACCAGGAUUUGCCAGCCUACAAUGUCAGGUAUGGUUGCAAUGAAUAUCCAUGUCCCAGCCUUUUGGCUAUUAUUCCUUGUUAUUAAGGGAGCUGCUUCAGGGAAGCUGGGCUGUAGUGCACGGCAGUAUGAAGCAAAUGCUGGAUAUGUAAGGAUGUGAGGACACAAGAGGAAUCUUCAUGGAAGUCUGAAAUGACAGACAUGCUCCGUAUUCAGUAUCAUUUACUGAUAAAAUGCUGCAGUGAGUCUGACUUCAUUUAAACAUAACAUCAUGUUAGUUCAAUAAAAGGGAAGAGAUCGACUUUCCAAAACAAAUACAGUAAAAAGUGCCCUGAAACAGAUCACAAACAUACAUCAGUUUCUAGAGUCAGCAUGUGAUUGCAUUGGAAAUGUUGGUCAAACAUCAAAAUAUUAAAAGCAACAUUUUGACAAAAUACAACUCUUAGAUAUAAGAUUUUUUUUUUGCUUUUUUUUUUUUUUUACCAGAUUCGCUCAUAAGAAUUGUGUCAAACAAUCUAAUAUCAUCUGGAAAACUGAAAUAUUCUCUUCAGUCAGUUUGUGUUAUCAAGAGACUUAAACUUAAGAGAUUUGAGUCUGUUUGCAAAAACCACAUCCUGCUUUUGCAUCACAUCAGUUUCACCUCAUAUAAGGCUAAUUGUUGACAAGCAUCAAUCUGAAAGGUGUUCUGAGAUUCCAACUUUAAGCUUCAUAGAUAACUUCUAGAGUUCCUGGGCCUCUAUAAUUGUAGACUGUGUUGAUAAGAUACAGGAACAGAUAAGGUAUAAAGACUCUUGAAAGCUGCCUGAACUUACAUUUGUAUUUCUUUACUUUUGCAGGCUGGUCAGACCGCAUUAAUGCUCGCUGUUAGCCAUGGUCGUCAGGAGAUGGUGCGAGCAUUGCUGGAGUGUGGCGCUGAUGUUAACGUCCAGGAUGAUGAGGGCUCCACCGCUCUGAUGUGUGCCAGUGAACACGGCCGGGCAGAGAUCGUCAAACUGCUCCUGGAUCAGCCUGGUUGUGACAUAUCUAUCAUUGAUAAUGUAAGGCAUUUACAGUUCAUCCAUGUAGAUGUUGUACUUACUAAGAGAAACUUACAGUUGAAGCAAACUGUUGGAUGCCGGAAACAUCUGAGCGAUUUCUCGUCUGGGAUUCAGCUUAAUCUGAGCUCAGGAAAUGCCUCCUCGAGGGAAAUUUGUCUAUGCAGCUUCCUCCGUUUUUCACCUCUUUCUCCUUUUCUUCUCUGGUGUUUUUCUUUGUUAGCAAGACGGGCUUCAAACUACAGCGCCAUGAUCAGAUUAGUUUCAUCUGCCUUCUGUUGAAAUCAGUGAUGUUUACAGGAAACAAAAUCAUAGGGCAACUCACAAGCCCCCAGGAGAGGAAUUAAAAAGCCACAACUCCUCUGUUCACAGCAUCACACAAACACACAACUGCCCCACUCAUCUGUGCACUAAUACCUGUGACCUGUGCACAAGAUAGUAGCCAAAAUUAAAGUGUCUUAAAAGUGAUUAUAAGAGUCUUGCGGAUUCAUACUUAACAGACAGGUACCAUUAUCAGGCAACUACUUUAUGUCACCAGCAAAAUUUUAAGAUAGAUAUAAUUCAAAUGCUUUUUAUUCAGAAGACUUAGUUUGUAUAGUUGUUACUUUUUAAAAACUGUUUUUAGCUAUGUUCAUUUUUCAAGUUUUUUUUUCAGUAAUUUGCUGCUAAAAAUGAAGCAUAACACAAAGAUUUACAGCUCGUUGGGAAAAGUGUUAGAUGUGCGAGAAAAUGAAACAACAAAAAAAACAAGGUUGUUAUCUUUCCCUCCCUCUCUUUUGUUGAUCUACACUGUAGCUCGCUUUAAAGUGAUUUUACAGAGGGUAGAUCUGGAUGCUUAAGAAAAAUUCAGGUAGAUAAAUAUGAGCUUUACCAUCUGUGCCUGAAUGAGUUUGCCUUUUCAUGCAUGUAGCUGCUGGGUUGAAUUUCAGUGCAGCACAGCUGGACCGAGAGGUAGACAGGGGGUGGGGGGGUGGAAAACAUUUAGGAAAGCCCCCUCCCCCUGUCCUCCAAAACAAGACAUGAAAAACCAUGACUAAGUUAGAGCGCAGUCAUAUGGGUUAUUACUUCGUAGUUUUACAAGUUUUUGCAAUCAUUUAAGCCCAGACACACUCACAUGAUGUAGUUUACUUUGGUGCUCUAUAAAGAAAAACUCUAUCCAAUCAUUCUGGGACAUGAUCGACCAGGUAAGUUAAGCUGGCAGCUGGAGUUGUAGUAAAUGCAAUAAACUAACUGGAAGAGUUUCUGAUGUCAUUAAGAUCUUUAAUUUUACAGAAUUACCGUUUACCAGAAAGUGACGCUGCCCAGUGUAUAGCAGAUGAAAUCUGUGUAUUAACCCUUUUACCGAGGUUGAGUGAACUUGUUCUUUGACAAUAAAGACAAUCAGAUUAGUGAGACCAUUUUCAACCAACUUCAAACACAGCCUCACUUAUAGGGCUUAAGUCAAGCUAUAACGUUAAUUCAGAUGUUAAAUUCGGACUAUUGUGGAUUCCUUACAGAUGAGAACAAGCUGCAGUUAUCCUCGGCCAGUCGCUCUCCACUCUGACAUUAAUAACUAGAGAUAUCAAUAACUUAAGACCAAGAGGAAGGCAUCUUCCAGUACAGACGUAUUUAUUUUAAAGAUUUACAAUUGGACUUUUUGCCUUUAUUUGGAGAAGACAGGACAGAUAAAGAAGGAAACAGAAAGAGAGAGAGUGUGAGAAGUGGCAUGCCUGGCUAUUGUGUAUCAUUCACAACCCUACUAUCAAACAAUUAAUUAAUACUGGCUGUACAAAAAUAAGUUGUAGAUCAAGAUUCAGUUUAUUAAGAGGCGAAUAUUUAUGUAGCGUCUCACUUCCAAGUUUGAGUUCACAGAGUAAAAGAAAAAAAGAGAAAACGCUGAGAAGGCAGGACAGAUAAUUGUUAUGGUUGUUAACUGGACAAUGAAUAAUGUACUAUUUUAACCUGAGUUAGGGAAACGAACAGGCUGCCUGAACAUCCAUCACAAGAGAACUGUAACACACACUGACAGAGGUUCAGUGUUUAGUGUUGAGCAUGUUAAAGCAACUGGAAAAGGAACAACCGUGUAUAAUGUCCAUCACAUGGUCUGACAAACCAGUAAAGCUCUGUUAUUUGUGAUUCAGGGGUCAGUGAACUGACUUUUUACCGUUUCCCUCUGUUCAUAGGAUGGCAGUAACGCAUUGUCCAUUGCGCUUGAAGCGUCUCACAAUGACACAGCUGUGCUGCUCUACGCCCACAUGAACUAUGCCAAGACCCAGCCUGCUGUGGUGAGUCCACCCUCCAACACUCCAACUCCUCUGACUAGACGGGUUGGUCAAAGCUGAUUUGGAGCCAUGCAGUAAUUGCAUGAAAAUGCCAUACUUUUGAUUUUGCAUUAAAACAUGUGAAGACAAAACAUACUAAAAGAUCUGUGUAUGCACAAAGUUGUAGACCUACUUUACAGCAAUAUCAACUCUAGCCAACAGGAAAGAUCUCUGAUUAAUUUUAUCAAUGUUUUAGAUUAUGAGAUAAUCUCUUUGUUUUAAAACCCAAACGUCGAAUGGCAAACAGCUUUCAGACGACUGAAAAGGGACAUGUAUCAGACUGAAGUUAGCACAAGCCACUCAUAACAUAACUGAACAAUGAGCAAUGUCUCCUGUAUUAAUAGUGGGUAGGAUCAGCUCUUGGCUUUUUAUUGGGUGUGGGUAGCACUGACUGAAGGUGCACUGCUGCCCUCUACAGGUCGUUAUGAGAUUCUGUGAUUUUUUUUAAUUUUAUUUUGGCUUUUAAAAAACACAAAACUAAAACAUUUUGAAUGCGGUUACACUAAAAUGAAAAUGAAAAUACUGAAUUUGCAUUUUCUUUGUUUGUUUCGGUGUUUAAAUUUGUAUUUUAAGAGGACGCUUUUCCACUUUUUUCUUUUAGGGGAGUCCAAAAGCCCAGCCCAGGAGCCCCACCAGCCCCCACAAGCCCUGGCCUUCAGACUGACAGGAUAAUGGGUGCACAUUGAGGAGGACAGAGCAGCGAACAUAACUGGAUCUGUGCUUUGAAAAGCUCCACUGGAAUUUACUUAAAUAUAUCUGUAUUUAUAUACUGCCUUAUGCCCUGCAUUUAUAAGUAUUGUUGAUAUGAGAACAUUAUUUUUCCAUCAUGGUUAUAUCAUAUACUUGACUAAUAUAAGUUCCUAGCAUGUCUAAAUGAGGAUCUGGAGAUCAGAGACCUUACAUAAAAUAUUUGCACUCUGCUGAUAUUUCACUGUUAGUGGCAACACACAAAUGUGGCAUGUACUAGGUUCCUCCUGUGACAUUUGAUGUAAAAAAAUCAAGUUAAGCCACAAGAUAGUAAUUCAUGGCCAUGGAGGAGUAUCUUGUGGCCACGAAGGGACUGCUCAAUGUUGUUUUAGUUGCUUUCAAAACCUGUUAAUUUAGGUGUAGACUACCUAAAUUAACAGUAAAUAAAUAUAUAUCCACAAUACUUGGAGCAUGCUGGAGCUGCAUUAUUGUUUGCCCAUCUGUUCCCAAUUUGUAAAAAAUGAAUGCAAGAAAGUAAAGAAGUGCCAAAGUAUGACUAAUCCUUUACAUGCAAAUGAUCAGUGAAAUUAGAAUAUGUGCAGCAGAAGAUAGCACCACUUCACAUAGACUAUCACUAGCAUCCCAACUAUGAGUGAUUUUGGGUAUCCAGCUAGUUUAGUACUAGACAACUAUCCAGUUAAAGUUGAGUAAGGAUUAUGGCCAAAUUUUACUAUUUGAUGAUCAGUGAGGACGCUCUCAUUUUACACCAGUUACUUGGGAAAAAGCGGACAUUGAUCUGCACUUGCCGCAGAUUGGAGUUAAUCACAGGUUAUGUCUCUGCAGGAUACACUGUGAACAAAUUACAGACUACUCUAGAAAACAGAAACAAUGAACUACCAUGUAUUUGUGUUGUACGUCUAUAUAGACCACAAAAUGGGUAGUCUACAUCCAAGCUGACAUAUUUUGAAGGCAACUAAAGCAACAAUUAAAAGUCUCUGUAGGGAGAUAUGCAACAAUGGAUAUCUUGAAAUGACAAGAUAAUUAUUAUAUUGUCACACAUUAUCUUUCUGCCACGCAAUUUUAUUUUUAAUCAAAUGUUACCGUAGGGGUUUUGUGGGCAUGUGAUGAAAAAUAUUUGCCAGAUGGCUCCACGCAAACAUAAAAAUCUACAUCCAGAGGGAAAUCAAAUGACAUGACUCUCCUGUGUGUUGCCCUGCAGUCUCUUUCUGUAGUGCCUUGGUCAGCUGAUCUGUGAAUCUCUUCACUGUCAUAUACUGCACUAACUGUCCAUGUAUUUUAUGUUCAUAUAAAUAUUUACAUAUAAAUAUAUAUUCAUGUCUGAAAUAAACAUAUUUCCAGAAAAGUUGAUGGAAAGGAGUGUUUGUUUUAACUUGAGGAACACUGACCAACUCUAUCAUGUUUGCCAUUAAUAAAACAAAUACUACAAAAUAA